CAAAAACAAAAAUAUCAAGAGGCCUGAACAUGAUUAAGGAGUUGUUCAACUUGACAAACAACCGUCAUAUAAAAGGAAUGACCAAAACACGCAAAUCCUUAUCUUAGAUCCUCAGAAUGGCAAGUCAUAGACGUGCUGCAGUGAAUGGAUCAAGGAAUAGCACAUCUAGAAGUUUGAGGAAAUCUUUAUUCCUUCUAGGAAGUAGUGGAGCAAGAGAAAACGAACAAAAUCAAUCAGGAUCAAAUUCAAUGACAAGGAUGGACACACGGGAUUCAAUCGAUUAUCAAGCAUCAGAAAAUGAUCCAUUACUCGCAGCAGAAGCUGGAUUUGUGCGCAAUAGUUCACGCAAUGGAAAAGGCAGGGCGGAUGAAGGACAUGGUCACUACAGACAUAGCACAUUCAAUUCACCGGCUGCUGCUGAUUUGCCAAGAAAGUGCUCUGAAGAGUCAAUCUUUCCGCUACUACAAAAAGUCAGAGAUGAUAUUCGGGCAACGAUCGAUACUCAUCUAGAUUGGAAUGAGUUGACGGCAAUCGAUGUCAAUUAUGCUGUUGUGCGACCAUUGGCAUUGAAGUAUAGCGAAAUCAACAAUGAUAAAAACCUUGGGAACGGCGAGACAGGGCAUGCAAAUCUUUCCAUCUUGUUUGUCUUUUUGGUAAAUCGAGUUCAAUUUCAGCGCGAUGCAGAACGAGACUUGGCAUUGCAGAAUGUAAACAACACAAGAGCAAAUUUGUGUGAAUUGCUGGCUAUGAAAUUACUACGAACAUUUGCUCGUGAUGGGCUACAAUUAAUCACCGCUCUCACUUUUCCAUUCUCCACGUUCCAAGGAGCUGACGAAGAGAUUUUAUCAGCAGAAGGAUUGCUGGACAAGGAUACAGGAGAGCCUCUAUUUGGUCCUGCGCAAUCAAGUAGCGCACUGGAACUAGCCAUCAUCAGCAGGGCAAAGAAAUUUAUUAAGACGCCACUGUGUCAAAGAUGUAUCUCGGGCAUAUACGAAGGAAGAGUGGUGGUCUCGUAUCAAUCAGCACAUGCUAUCGUCGAUGAUAGCUAUAAGAAAAGACCAUUGGGUCUGUACAAUCCUGUCAACGCACCUUUCUUGGAUCAUCACAGGCUUCGAGUUCCAUUGAUCAGAAGUCGAAUAGAAUUCUGCAAUUUUGGAAUAUUGUUGUUGCUUUAUGCUUGGUGCCUAACAAAGAAGUCAUCACCGAAUUGGACCUUGGCCGAAACAAUAUUUUCCAUUUGGCUAGGAGGAUUCGCUCUGGACGAGGUUACGCAGAUGCAGGAACAUGGCUUGACUAUGUAUCUCAGUUCGUUGUACAACCUACUCGACCUGAUGUUUUGUCUUAUCAGCUUCAUAUGGUUCGGUAUCCGUAUCAAUGCGUUAUCUCAUGGUGAUCUUGCUCUCAGCUCUUUAAGCUUUGAGACCCUUUCACUCGGUGCAAUCUUAUUGUGUCCAAGAGUUGCAAGCGUGUUAAUUCAAGAUAAUGUGAUCUUACUGGCACUCAAAGCUAUGCUGUCGGAUUUCGUCUUUUUCAUGUUCUUGGCAGCUGUUUGCUUCAGUGGUUUUCUUUAUACUUUUUGGGCAAUCAGUGGACCUGAAUGGACGCCAGGUAGAAUUGUAUGGAUCAUGAUCAAAGUGUGGUUUGGUAAUUCCUACAUUGGCUUUGAUACCGCUCAAUCACUUUCUCCAAUCUUUGGUCCAGCAUUGAUGGUAUUCUUUGCAGUGAUGGCAAAUACGCUCUUAUUGACAAUCCUGAUCUCUUUGCUCUCAAAUACGUUUAGCAUCGUGGCACAAAAUGCGGUAGAAGAAGCAAUGUAUCAAUUCGCAUGCAAGACCGUAUCAGGAAUCAGUUCUGAAGCUUUGAUAUCAUAUGCACCUCCUUUGAAUCUUGUUGCUUUGAUUGUGAUGGUGCCGGCUUCUUGCUUUUUAUCACCACGCUAUCUACACAAGGCCAACGUUUACUUGCUACGGGCCACAUCUUGGCCGAUCUUACUCGUGAUCAGACUUUCGACACAUUGGCCAUCCGGAUUGAAGAAAUUUUCUGCAACAUCUUAUGUAAUCGGAUCAGCAAAUGCUGAAAGGGCAGGCCACUUGAUCAGUUGGUUGCCGCUGCCUCGUUCAAGAUCUAAUCCUGACCGUGAUAUGAUUCAAGCCGCUUUCAUGCACACGGCCAAUUCGCAAGGAAAGCAAAAUGAGUCUACAAAGGCAGCAAAAUCUACGGAUACAUCUCAAUCGAAGAAGAAUCAUAAUGGAAGUCAUGAGAGUAGCAGAGACGUACCCCAUGAUGAAUGGAAUGCAAGCAUGUUACGAAUCCGACCCGGAGAAGAAGAUGCUCAUAGUAUUUCAAACAGCGCAGAUCAACCUGCUUCUACGUCAGAAAUUGUGAAAAAGCGAGCGCAAAAGCAAUCAAAUGCUAAACAAGGACCAAGCACACCAAACAAAUCACAACGAUCGUAUUCACGAAUUGGAGAAUCACCACUUGCUCGUUUAUUCGGUCGUGCGCUUCGCAAUAGCGCUAUGCCUACGCCUUCUUCUGCAGAUGAUACGAAAGAAGAUGAAGAUGAUAAAUCCACAGAUCAAACUGAUGAUUCUCAAUUGAUCGACGUUGAUUGUGCGAAUGCAGAUCAGGUAAAAGCAAAUGCAGAAGUGAACGAAAGGAAGAUUCAAGCUGAUGAUCUGAUUGGGUUUGAAGAAGAUGGCGAGAAUAGUAAAAGUGAUGAUUUGAUCCAUCAGCAGACCGCAGUUCGAGGUUUAGUUGACAAUCUUGCCAAACGAUUGGACGAGCAGGAAGAGAGACAGAAACGCAUAUUAGAAUUGCUACAGCUCAUCUUGAAGAAUGAACAGAGUGGCACCACCGAAGAAAAGUAAGGCCUUUCUAAUUGUACUACUAUACGAUAUAUCUUUAAUUUCACAGUUCCGUAUUUAUGAAUAGAAUCGAAUCACAUUGUAAU